AUGGACAAUUUUGUUGUGACGAUUUGCUUGCUUAAUGGUCUGCUUAUGCUCUUAACAAUCAUGGGCAACGUUCUCGUGUUGACCGCAAUGUUAACAACUCCUUCUCUUCGUUCACCAUCCACGAUUUUCUUAUGUGGUCUCGCUGUCUCAGAUCUUCUUGUCGGGUUCGUUGUGAAACCGAUCUACAUUGGAUUCAGACUUAACCCAGGACCGGAAUUAGAACACUUAGCCUACAUCCUCGUCUCUUUCGCCUGUAGUGUUUCUUUUUGUACGAUGACGGCCAUCAGCGUGGAUCGGUUUAUGGCUCUCUAUUUUCACUUACGAUACCCGGAUAUGAUGACCAAUAAACGCGCUGUAAACAUAUCACUAAGUCUUUGGUUCUUGGCGUGCACAACAUCAUGUAUUAGAUUAUGGAACGUAACUUACGCGAAACUAGUUAUGGCCCUCGGGAUUGCAAUUUGCCUUAUGAUUUCUACUCUUCUGUACAUCGAAAUUUAUCAAAUUGCUCGUAAACAUCAGCUUCAGAUUCAAAUUCAACAGCAGCCCAUCAUGCAAACUGAGACUGUUGAUCAUAAACAGAACCUGACGCGAUGGAAAAGAAGUGCUUUAAACACCUCUAUAUAA